AUGGAAAAUGACUUCCACUUGCUUCCCCGCCAGAUCUGGGCGAAUCCAACACCGACUACGACGAGGACUUAUUCACCCGGUUGUACGCCUGUUGUCUUGCCCAGUAAUGGACUCGUAUAUCUCAAUAAAUCAUAUGCUAUUACUCUCACUGAAAACGCCAUAUUCGAACCUGUCUGCACAGGCUCCCCAACCGACGAGGUUCACAUCUCCGCCGUCCUCGAUACCCGCGAUCCAUUCUAUUCCUCCAUUACUCCACAGCUAUAUGCCAUCGGCUGCGCAACUGUCGUUAGCUAUCUCCUCGUCAUAAUCCUUCUCAUUACACCGCGAACAUUCUACGUUGGCGGCCCCGGUGGCGGCGCCAAUUUCCUCGGCCGCCAUGGGAUGAUCAGCGGCUCAUACAGCGGGAACUCGUCGGUUGUCGGAGUCGGUGGACGACCAUGGCUGCAGAAAGUGGCUGCGAUCUUGGUUGCGAUCUCGUUGACUAUCGCCACGGUCGAUUCCUUCCGAGUCGCCGAGCGGCAGUAUGACUACGGGUACUCCGAUGCAGAGGCGCUUUCCCAGGAGGUUAUUGACGGAAUGGAAAUUCGUAUAGUGCGCGUCAUAUCGAGCACGUUCUUGUGGCUUGCGCAGGUCCAGACGUUGAUUCGAUUGUUCCCGCGACAUAAGGAAAAAGUUAUGAUCAAAUGGGCUGGAUUUGCGUUGAUUGUGUUGGAUACGACCUUUAGUAUCUUGGAUAAUUUCUGGGCGAGGAACUCUCCAACACGACCCAGGCUAUACGAGGAUGCCAUUCCUGCUUUGAGUUACUUGUUCGAGUUGUCACUUAACCUUCUCUAUGCCGCUUGGGUGAUCUUCUACUCGAUAUCUAAGCACCGAUACGCGUUUUUCCACCCGAAGAUGCGGAAUAUCUGCUUGGUGGCUCUUCUUUCGCUAUGUGCCAUUCUGAUACCCGUCGUCUUUUUUGUUUUGGAUAUUGCCAAGCCGGAAAUUGCUGGCUGGGGUACCUAUAUUCGAUGGGUUGGUUCUGCCGCGGCCAGUGUGGUGGUUUGGGAGUGGGUGGAACGCAUUGAAGCGCUGGAACGAGAUGAAACCAAAGACGGAAUUCUUGGGCGAGAAGUUUUCGACGGCGAUGAAAUGCUUGAAGUCACUCCGUCUGAGGAAGUCGACUGGCCACGUUUCACGGGCCAAGGACACGACCAAGGUGGAGGCAAUGGCGCAUCGUCUGGAUGGGGCGGCGUGAUGGGUUUGGCCCAUCGACCUCUACGAGCCCGGGCUGGAUUACCUCGCGGCAAUCGAAACAAAAGAGCUGCACCACCACCAAACAACCACGCUGCUACCCGUGCCGAUACUACUAGUGCAACAAGCACAGUGUAUAAUGUCCGGUAUCAUUCAGUGGCUAGUCCUACACCUCCUGCUGCAAUGCCAAAUAUGCACGAGGAAGAGGAAUUGGACGAAGAUAAGGAACUGGAAGGCAGGGAGCCACAUACUCCUAAUCCAAAUGGUCAUGCUCUUUCUGUUCAAAACACCCGAGAGCAGUCACCGCAGAUUGUCCAGGCCGAUCCGCGAUGGCAUGUGCUCCUGCACCCAUUCAAGAGGCGACGUGCAUCUCUACCGAAAGAAGUGGCGUCUGCACAAGCCGGGGAAGAAUUCUCAGAACAUCGAGCAUCUGCAGCAGCAGAAGAGGCCGAGGCAGAAGCAAAUUCUGCCCGGUCUCGAGCCGAUCACUUCUUUUCUCUCCAUCGGAAAGCUCGACUGGGCACUGGACCACAAAAUGCCGACGGCCCAUUACCAGUCACUGUUAUUCCAGCACGUCGUCGCGGCCAACACACAUGGUCACCACAAAAUCGGCUGUUGGAGGACACCCGGCCACCUGGAGAGAGUCGACCGAUCCAACCCGUUCAACAUCACGAGACAUCCUCCAAUCGUCCCAACUUACCUGUGCGGGUGAUCCCUUCUCGACCACAAGCGUCGGCUCCAUGGACGGAGGCAGACGUAGAGCGAGGAGGUGGAGACUAUGUCCUACACUAUGACCCGGAAGCCGCGGCGCUGGUCAACGAGGACAUCAGCCAUUUGGAUCGCAAUGAUCGCCAUGAUCAUGUCACAGAUUACGACCAACAAAGUUGGACAGAUACGACAUACUCGGAAGAAAGAAACGAUGUGUCAGCGGAACCUACUCGGCCACCCGAUGCCGAAUCUCACGCAGAGCACAGACCUUCCAACGAACAGCAUGGCUCUUCAUAA